GACAUCUACAGCGAUGAUCCAAACAUCUUCAAGCAGAUCAUUGAGUUGGUGGUCAAUGAUUGGAAGGACCUGGAGGAGGGGGGCUUCGAGGUGCCUGGCUUUGGCACGAUGUUUCCCAUUAUUGUUGGAAACAAAGGGGAUUGGAGCUACCUUGUUACUUCAGCCAACUUGGAAAGAUCCUACCGGCGAGCCCCCAGAGGCCGGCAAGAAGCAAAGAAGGCCAUGAAAGACCCCCCAGGGAUAUGCUACCUAUGUAUGGGGGGGACACGAGAAGGUGAUUGGGAAGAUUUGAAUGUGGCAAGGAGAUUGAUCAGGGAUGCCAGACUUAUUGGCAGCACCACGCCACCAUGGUCUGAGGAACCUCCAUGGACCCGACUUCUACAUGACGAGUCACCAGGCGGAAAGCACAGGUUCCACAAGAUUGACAUAUGGCAUACUUUCCACAUGGGAGUUGGGAAAGCUUGGAUAGCAUCCUCAGUCAAGCUGCUUCAAUUUGUAACUGGUGAGACCAGCGUUGACAAACGAGUAGAGAUUCUCAACCAGGACUUUUUGCAGUACUGUGCCGAGAAUAGAAAAACCAAGUAUUUGAAGAAGCUGGAACCACGCACCUUCGGUUUGAAGGGAACUGAACCCAUGGCUUCGUGGAACAAAGCUCAUGUGACAGCCACCCUGUUGGAAUGGAUGCAAAGCUACAUAGAAAAGAACCAGGCUGCAUGUGAUGCUGACCCCGAGCUUCGAUUUGUGGUUGCCUAG